AUGAAUUUUGAAGCUUUGCCCUGCUUUCCCCCCUCCGGCCUUCCGCUGUUGCCUUGCGCCCUUUCUCUCCUACUUUUCCUCCAAAACUUCUCCGGACUUCUCAAUCGACUCAUCGCCGGUCGCACCCGCCUGAGCCAUCUCCACCAUCCUGACCCCAUCUACCGUCUGUCACGCGGCCCUCGAUCAGAAGACAUCCCCUCCACUUGGCAUCACAUGGACCCAGAAGACGUCCUUGACUUCGGCGAAGACGAUGAUGGUUUGGAUGUGAUCUCAUUGGGCGGUUCCGAUCACGAUGGCCGGCCUGUCUCCAACCGCUCGAGCUCCGCCGCAGAAUCUACCACUCGGAGCGUCCGUCAAAAUCGACCCUCUUCCCCACCUCACAGCCGUAAUCCCAAGAGUGUAUCCCACAAUCAAUCCAACGGUUCUGAGAGGCGACGCCACGAAUCUGUUUCUCGGACAACCAAUCCUCCUCACCCACCUCACCGCGAGCAUAACCACCAACCAGUUUCGCGCUCCGCCGAUCCUUCAGCCCCUCAUCCAGACCGGCGUUCACGUCUUCAUGAUGGAUCCCGCCAUGCCGCACACUCGUCUGUUACCGCUCCGUCUCGUCACAAACCACCCAUCGACCGUCCAAGACCUGGCGAAAGAGCCUCGUACAUGCCACCCGACCGUCUCCAAGCUGUAGCAGCUGCCUCUCAUUCUAGUGAUCCUCUGAUUCCUAAACCCGAUCCAAAGCAUCCCGCGGCAAGCUUAUCGACGCGAAUAACAACUGCCCAUCGGGAUACCGAUCAGAAAGCAUCAAACCCUUUGAGCACAUCGAAGCCAGCUACUGAGCGUGAGAAGUUUGAAGAAGCUAAAGACGUUGAAAAACCAGCUGAACCAUCUCUUGACCCAGCUUCCGCUGAGCUCCCCGAGGGUUGGAUUUCCAGGAUUUCUAAAGGCAGUAAAAAAACUUACUACGUCAAUGCUCUUACUCGAACAAGCCAGUGGAAUCGGCCCACCGAACCAGCUUGUGCCAGACCAACCAAACCUACUCUCAAGGUGGCUUCUAAGGCUGCAGUUCAGCAACCUGCUCAAGAAGUAACAGAAAGCCGUACUCAUCCAAGCCGAAGCAAUCUCUCCAAAAAAGAUGUCGUGGGCUCAUCCACUGAUUUGCCUCUGGCCAGCAGGCCCCAAAAAGAAGGGUCUGAUGUCCAAGCUUGCGCCCAUUCACGGCCAUUGGAUGAACAAUCAAUGCCUUCUCGCAACACGGUGUCACAUGACCACCAGCACCACCGCGUUCAACCUCAAGAACCGUCACAACAUCACGAUACUAGCAAGUCGGCGAUGGAUGACCAUCACGGCCAAUCAAACCCCAUGGACUCUCGAGCCACUCAUGCUUCAGAUAGUGACAUUGACGGCCGAUCCAUAAACCAAGAAAAAUUGCAACCUGACCCAAGUGAACCCUGCUUCGAUCAUCGGAUCCAUCCUGACCGUCGACAAGAGAUUGCUUCUACUAUCCAUCCUGACUGUCGCCAAGAGAUUGCAUCUGCGAUCCAUCCUGACCGUCGCCAAGAGAUUGCUGCUGCGAAGUCACAUCGAGGACGGGUCAGCGCUCCUGAACCCUCGAAAGCAGUUAUCGUCGGCUCUUUCCAUCGCGACCCCCCACCCCAUACGGACAUCGACAAUAGGGAUAUCCCUCCUCACCGGUUACCAGCGCGGUAUCCUCAUGACUCUGAUCCCUAUCGCUCGGUUGGAAUUCCGAGGCCUCGUUCAGUCUCUCCAGUUCCUCGUCGCGUCUCCUCUCAUCGCGGUGGAAGGCGUGAGCACAGAGACCACAUCCACCUGUCUGGUGCCAACGGAAUACCCACCGCCCCGGGUCGCUGUUUUCCCGAGCCGAUGGCUCCGAUAACGCGCUUGCAGCCUCAUGAAAUGUACAUCAACCCUGAAGCUGCCCGAUUCACCAAGCCACUGUCAAUCCCACCGAAGAUCACUCAACCAUCCGACUACCGGGAUGUGGACUGGCGACGAGGACCCGAUCAUCCACGAGGACCCGACUAUCCACGAGGACCCGACUAUCCACGAGGACCCGACUAUCCACGAGGACCCGACUAUCCACGAGGACGCGACUAUCCACGAGGACCCGACUAUCCGCGAGGACCCGACCAUCCACGAGGAUCCGACCAUCCAUAUGAUCGUGAUAUAUCCUCUCAAGACCGUAGGCCCUCUAGUUGGGCACGUCAUGAAGCUGCCGUGAUCACUCCAAUUCAUCCUCCGCACCGUCAUUCCCCGAUGACGCGGCUUAGAUCUCUAUCUCCACCACCUCGACGCAUGCCGACUUCGAUACAGGUCUCGCGUACUCCCCUGCAACCCGACUUGUAUCCCCCUGUACAACCCCGUUCACCCCCCGCCUCAAGCCGGUUAUCGCUAGGAGAGCGCCCAAUCAGGCCACCUGAGCCGGGUGACUUACCGCGUCGCAAUCAAACGACUCGAUACGAUGCAUACAGGCCUUCGCCUUCGUUCCCUUCGGAAACCGAUGGCCCCCGUCCUUACAAUCCCAGGCGUGGCGACGGUUAUUAUCCGCGUGACCAAGACCUGCAUCGCUCAGAGCCCACCCUCAUAGAUAUUAGAAGAUCCCAAGUAGCGCAACACUCGCCUCUUUUGCCAGAACCACCCAGGAUUCGUAGUGGCAUGAGCCAACCUGACUCAUAUCGGCCCGCUCAUCGCCCCUCACAUACCGCAAGGGCUUCUCCCCGCCACAACGAACCCACCGGGUAUUAUCCAAUCAUUGAUUUGGACGAGAUCCCCAAUAAAAACGAUGCUACGGCUGGACCUUCGACUGCCCGAGACGCCAAGGUAUUGUCCCCUGAAACUGAACCGGUGGAGGUAGCACGUCGCCCUUCCCUGAAGCAACCUCCCGUUCGACUACCAAAUAUCAAUCAAAGCAAACUUGCCUCGGACAGUUUGGGCAAGUUUCCGGCAGACAGUACAAGAGAACUUCCCACGCAUGAUUCGAGGCAACCACCUCUCACGGAUGACGCAGUUCGCACCCCUCCGGAUUACACAAUUCCAACCCCUCCGAGCAACGCGAGAGACGAUACAAGUAAAAUUUACAUCCAUGACGCAAACAAGGCUGUGAUGAAUACUGCAACUCAGCCAUCAAGAGCAAUAUUAGAAAUUCCACAUCGUAAUAGCAGCAAUAGGAAUGGAAGACGUGGACGAAGCCUUGAACCCGAAGAUCUCAGUGAAAAGGGUGCACAUGCGUCAUCGGAUAUUAUUGAAAUAAUCCCGCCUCAACAUGCGCAACUUGAGGUUGAGCCCCCCAAACGACCUGUAUCACUGGCCAAGCGGCUUGGGCCUAUGGCCGACUGCUCAGUAGAGCCUGAUAAGUUCUCACCCCCCGCCAAAAGGUCCAGACGAAAUCCAGUCGAUCGAACAGAAGCCUGCGACGUGUCGAAUGAUAAUGCUCAAAAUCCAACAGCAAUCCAUCCGUUACCGGAAGAAAUAAGUCCAACUAGACAAAAUCUUCCAUCCAGUCCUCCUGAUUCUUCAGAAAAAAUCCAAAGCCAACUCGCGAUUGCUGGACGAACUCCCAAGAUUGAGCAAAUGGCUGAGAGUAACUACUCUCCGCCAACCCCUCAAGACAAGGGAAUCAGUCUCCGUGGGAGGGCAGGACGGAAGUCUGAUCGCAGUGAAGUCGCAGAAAAACCCAGGCCUCAUAUUGAAGAAAGCGGUAAAGGUGAGACAAUACCUACUGGUAAUGGCUCACUUCGAGACCGAAUCCAAGACCUCGCUUUUACUCCAGUGGGGCCCGUUCCAUCCCGGCCCCCAUCUCAGCAAGCUUCUCCGACGAGUGGCGCUCAACAGAGACCGCAAGCCACUCGCCCUCACGACGUCCGUCAUGGCCCGGCGAGGCCCGACCAAGACCCGCCCGUCGGCCGACACAUCUCUGAAAGGAUCUCAGGCUUCCGCGCUCCCUUCGGCCAGUCUUCUCCAACCAACGGAAACCAUCGCGCUCGAUACGCGCCCCGUCAGAGCGACUCCGGCUGGAGCGGUCGAAAGGCCCGAUAUUCCUGA